AGCAGGCGACCUGGAGCAGCUGGACAGCACCGAGGGGUUUGAUGUUGUGGUUUGGAAGAUGGCGGAGGGUUUGAAGGCGGAGUUAAGCUGCUACGGGCGCAGUUUUCAGCUGGCGGAGAUGGUGCGACACAGCAAGAUUGCUGAGCUGCAGGCCUUUCAGCACACUCUGCAGUUGCAGAACAGCUCCCUGGCCUCUGUCCCAGCUGGGGGGGGCUGUGCGGGACUUGCCGGCCUCCCCCAGAGCUCCGCCGCCACCACCUCCGAGGAGCUGGCACCUGACACGGGCGCCACAGCCGUGGUGGGAGCCCGUGAGCCGCUCAGCAUACCGGAUUCCGGGAAAAAGAGGAAGAAGAAAAGGAAAACGAAAGCCACUGACAGCUUCACCGGGAACUUCAACGACGUGUACAAACUCACGGACGAGCUGCUGGGCCAGGGGGCCUACGCUAAGGUCCAGGGUUGUGUCAGCCUGCAGAAUGGGAAGGAAUUUGCUGCCAAGAUCAUCGAGAAGAACGUGGGACACAGCCGCAGCCGCGUGUUCCGGGAAGUGGAGACGCUCUACCAGUGCCAGGGCAGCCGGAAUAUUUUGGAGCUGAUUGAAUUUUUUGAAGAUGAGACCCGGUUUUAUUUGGUGUUCGAGAAGCUGCGAGGAGGCUCCAUUCUGACUCACAUUCAGAGCCGCAAGCACUUCGACGAGAGGGAGGCCAGCCGGGUGGUGAGGGACAUCGCAACAGCCUUGGAUUUCCUCCACACGAAAGGCAUUGCCCACAGAGACCUGAAACCUGAGAAUAUUCUUUGUGAAUUCACUGAUCAGGUGUCCCCGGUGAAGAUCUGUGACUUUGACCUGGGGAGUGGAGUGAAGCUGAGCAGUGCCUGUACGCCCAUAACAACUCCCGAGCUCACCACCCCGUGCGGCUCAGCAGAAUACAUGGCUCCAGAAGUGGUGGAGGUGUUCACGGACGAGGCCUCCUUCUACGACAAGCGCUGCGACCUGUGGAGCCUGGGCGUCAUCCUCUACAUCCUCCUGAGCGGUUGCCCUCCCUUCACCGGGCACUGUGGCACGGACUGCGGCUGGGAGCGGGGAGAGACGUGCCGCGCCUGUCAGAACAACUUAUUUGAGAGCAUCCAAGAGGGGAAAUACGAGUUUCCGGAGAAGGAUUGGGCUCACAUAUCCGAAGGGGCCAAAGACCUCAUUUCCAAGCUCCUUGUGCGUGAUGCCAAGCAGAGACUGAGUGCUGCCCAGGUCCUACAACACCCCUGGGUGCAGGGGAACGCUCCUGAGAGAGGCCUUCCUACCCCGCAUGUACUGCAAAGGAAUAGCAGCACGAAAGACCUGACCCAGUUUGCAGCCGACGCCAUCGCCUUUAACCGGCAGCUGUCCCAGCACGACGAGGAGCAGGAAGACAUGACCGCCAUCAUCUGCUCCAUGAGACUCUCCCCUCCGUCCAACUCCCGGCUGGCCCGGCGCAGGGCUCAGACACACGCCCUCCGGGCCGAGGACUUCCAGUCUGGUGCCGACGCCUCGGGCUUGUUUUAACUUGACGGGACGCAAGCAGUGUGCCGAUUGCUCCAGCUUAGUUUUAGCCCGCCAGUGACAUCCCCAGCAGGAAUAGGUGGGCUUAGGGGGAGGUGCCCCUUGGGUUCAGAAGCCUCGUUCAGUGUUCACUGUGAUUACACAAGAUGAGAGGUAAAAGGAAACGGCACACUUUCCAAACAGAGCAGUAAUGUAGCCAGCCAGCAUAUCCGUAAUGAUGUGACUUUUAUAUCACAACAAAGGCCGGAGGCCUAAAUAACACUACGUAGGCGUUCUCCAUUGUGGUAAAUUACAGCCCAGGUUGGCGGUAACCUGUGUAAUCGUUGUUCGUCAUAAUUUAAAUUUUAUCAACGGAGUAAUGAGUGACAGUGAGGUGCUCUCUGAACUGGGUUACUGUUUCCUUCCUUUUUUUUGUCCUUGUUUUAUUUUAUUUUAAUAAGCUAUUUUUCCUGAGAACAAGCUGUGAAGUGUGGUUCAGUGUGCGUGUAUGCCACUAUCUCAAGCGAGGGGUUUUGGGAAUUUUAAACGUGUAAGAACAGGCCCAAGGAUGUUGUUUCUGCCCAGUAGUGUUUGGCCCAUGAUCAGUGAGCUAGCCUCGGAGGCUUCUAGACCUGAAAGUCGAUCAUGCGUUUCGAUAUGGAUAGUCUUAAAGGGCCAUUUGGGUUUUUAUCAGUGAAGAAAGGAUAACUGGUAAGAAAUGGUAGUCCCCCCCACUGGGAUAGCGGUCUUCAUUUCUUGUAGAAUGUAGUCCAAUCUUCAUAUUCAUUUGAGUUUCAGAUAAUAUCAUCAAGUCAGGAUGUGGAGAGGCUGCUGUAUUCCUGGAGGCGGGGCCUCAGGGCUGUUAUCUUACAUGCAUAAAUGUUCUUUCUGCACUUCUUUGCUGCAGAUUCUGAAUAAGUCACAUGAAACAUUACCUAGUUAAUUUUUUCUGGGCAUGUGACGUCCACAAGUACUGAGUAAACAUCUUUGUUUGUGUGGUCUGUAGAGAAACAUUGAAGUUACAUUAGAAUACUUAAAAAGAACAUCUGGGGACACUUGGGGUGUUAAAUUGCAGAAUCCUUCCAUGAACAUUUUAAAAUAUUUUAGAAAUAGAGGUGAUAUUUCCAAAAUGUCAAGAAUGCAUCCACCCACAGUGUUGUUGCAAAUUACUUUUUUAUUGUUCUAGAAUUUUUUUUUAUACAGGCUUCUUAGAAUUUAAAAAGACAAAGCAGUUUUUAUGCCGUUUGAACAAGCCGAAAAAAGGCCUGUUCAGCACUUUUAAAUUUUCCACUGAGCUGCUUUGCAUUUUAAACUUGGAACUUUUAAUGAAAAUGAUGAAUUUGUCGAAGCUCUUAAAUGUUACCUUUUAUGUUUGAAAUAGAAAUGUAUGCAUAGCUGAUAAGUUUUUUUAGAUUUAUUGCAUUGUCUGAGUAUUACAUUCCUAUUACCUGCAAAUUAAUUCUUACUGGAUAUGAUUGUGUCUGAUUGCUAAAAUUAGUGACAGUCUGCAAUUCCUGUGUGCAGAACCUGAUUUUUGAAAUUGUGCAUAUUACCUCAGUCUUUUGAUUCAUGCAAAAGUUGCACAUUGCUGUUUGCACAUUAGAUUUACAUGUAUCAAUACACCCCUUUCUGCCCUGUCAGAGCUUUCCUUCUGUAUCAGUAACGCGGUGUAACAGAUGAAUGCUGUCAAACGAAUUCACCUGAUGCAGAAUACUAAAUUUGAGUUCGUUUGUAUUUGUUACAGACUCUCAUUAACUCAUUUUUAACUAGAUUUGUAGGGUAAAUUAUAAGUCAAGAAUUGUCAUCUUUGGUUGAAGUGCAUAGUUCUUAUGUACCCAUUCUAAGUGUGCUUUUUAUGUUGGUUUGAAGCACAGUUCAGGGCUGAAGUAGAUUAAGUGUUGAUAGUUCUGUGAAAACCUCAUUAUUGAGCUGGUAAAACAAAUGUUCAGUGGCGUUUUGGAUCCAUUGUGGUUCAUGUAUUUUUUUUCACCAUCUCUGCAGAAUUCUGAUGUAGUGUUUGUGUGUCAUAAAUGUCAGACACUACCAAAUGUCAUUUUUUUUUCAAGUGGCACCUUCUUGGUGGAUCUGGGAGUCAAGGGGCGUCGGCUUACAGACUGUGUGAUAGAUGGCUGUGAACUAGCUCCACAUGGAAGGAUCAAAGUGAAGGAACAGAUGACAGCUAGGUAGCCAUAUUAAUGUUUCAUCUCAUCUCUGUAAAAUGGCAAACAUUUGCAUAUAAAUGACUGCACAGCUAGGUGUUUUUAGGGUCCUAAAAGGGGUAUAAAAUGCAUGUGAAAAUAAUUAUCCGUUCAUGCAAAAACCUACGUUUCGGCACAGCAGUGCGAUAGUUCAGAUGAGUUGAUUAGACUUCUGUCUAAAAUAACCUGUUAUAAAGCUCAUAAUGCAGUGGAGUGAUUUGAGUUGGCAGCACUGCGCGAGAAGCUCAGGGCUUCUUGCAGCACCAGUGAAAUCUCCAGUUACAUUAAAGGAGGUAAAGUCUGGUCUGUGAGAAGCCUGGUGUCCUACUGAGGCUUAUAGUACAAAAUGGGAUGUUUUUCGGUCACUGCAGUACUGGGUUAUAUACUGUGGGUCCUAAAACAUUUUCCACUUAAUGUUAGCUGUUCAGUGUGAUUUGUGAGAAAGAUACUGAACUUGGUCAGGCUUUUUAUUUUUUUUUUUGCUUUUGGAUAUAUUGAUAAGACUGAAUGUCUGCCUGGAACACACAAGUCACUUUUUUUAUUGGUUGAAAGAACAUAAUAGGAAUGUGACCUAUUUCGUUUGUGAGCCCCAAAGUUUCAUCUAAGCCAUUUAUAAAAAUAAAGAUUAUUCUUUGGUACAUGUCUGCAGCCGUUUUCUUUCUCUAACUACCUCAGUCUCUAAACAACAUUUAGAAAAUAAUUGAAUUUGUAUUGUGUAACGUGUGUAUUGUAUAGUUAAAUUGCAUGGAAUCUGUAGACUGCUGUUACUUCAUGGAGUAAAAGUUAAAUAAGCCGAAGUACUGUGCUUAGUUACAUUAUUUCAACCCAUCUGGAAAGAAGCAGACAUGACAAUAUCAUAAUCCAAAGAAGAGUUGAAAAAUUCACAUUGAAGAAGUAUCAUUUGUUUUAGCUUUGAUGUAAUUUUGUUCAGCUAGAGUAAUGUGGACUCAAGCAUUCUGCUUCAGCAAAGUAAUGGUACGCCAGUAGUUGCAUGGCAUAAAGAAAUUUGGUCCUCUUUCUAGUCAAGGAGUAAUGUUAAUAUACUGAAUAUUAUAAUGCAUUUGAUUACAUUUUUAGUUUUCUCAUUUCAUGUACUGAACACCGAUUAAUUGAAGAAUAAUUGCUCAGCAGCAUUGUAAAUGAAGGAUGUGAACCAUGUUAGUGCGCGUUUGUCUUUAUGGCCCAAAUAAUUUUAAGUGUUUUCCCAGCAAGUCACAUGUUUUCCGGCAAAUUGAAUUCUGUACUAGCAAAAUGGUAUGUGGUAAUGUCCUUAGUUAUCAUUUUAAUAUGUGCCUGUGCUUUUUAGAUAGUUUAGGUUCUGAGCAUUACUUAAUAUAGUAAAAAGCUCUUUUAUUUUAAAUUGGAGUUCUUGGAGAAAACACACAGAGAGUAUUGGAGUAUAAAGCGUUUUCAUUCCGUUGUUUUUGCCACUGACUCUCAGUCUUCAAUUUUGAACAAUUUUUAAAUUGAAAUAAAAUGUGUAAGAUGUA